AUGGUCCCAGGAAUUCAGAAUUCAGUUUCUGGAAAGGUCGGUGUACUUUCUAUUGACACUCUUCUCCAAGAAGCUAUCAAAGCAUAUCAUGACAACGAAACAGUCAGUGAGACCCUUCUAAUUCAUCAUGAAACCGAAGAAAAGGCUCUAUUGGAUCUGCAUAGUAGCGAAAGCCAGGAUCUUCAGAGUAAAUUUUCACUUGAUCUACUUUCAGAGGAAGCCUUACCAGAAGGAGAAGAUAAAACUAUACUUAGUUCUGAAACCAAUAAAACACCAAAAGCUGAAGAAAUCGAGUUAAGUGACAGUGUUUCUAAAUUAACGGUGCGUGCUCAGCUUGGUGCAAAAUCCGAAAAAUUGCUGAAGAAAGGAAAGAGCGUUUCUGACACAUUGCUAGUUAAUAUCAUGGUAAAUGCUAUUAAUCAGAUACCUGUGGAUCAAGGCUGGAUCCUCGAUGGUUUUCCAAUGACACUGAACCAAGCAGAGCUUCUGGAGCAAGCUCUCACAGGUUGCACCAGAAACCUCAUGGAACUGGAGGAAAAGAAAGCACGAAUAUUCACACUGGCUGUUGAUCCUAUAACUGCCAAAGAUGUGCCUUUUUCCCCAGGUGUAUUUGAUUUUGUCAUAUUAUUAGACGUUUCAGAUAAUUCCUCACUGGGUCGCAUGAAUGACAUCAUGGCUAAAGCAUUUUCAACGGAGACUUCUCAGGAAGAUGUCGAUCAGUAUGUAGCUGCUAGAACAUCAGACACGGGUGGUGACCAGAAUUUAAGAGACCAAAUUCAGCACCGAAUUAUAGGUUUCUUGGACAACUGGCCUUUAUUGGAGCAAUGGUUUACAGAACCGGAAAAUAUUCUGAUAAAAAUCAAUGCUGAAGUAGAUAAAGAGUCAUUAUGCCAAAAAGUGAAAGAAGUGGUUGCGAAUGAAAUGGUUAAAAAAGAGAAUAAAGUUAAAAGGGAACUAGAAGAAAAGGAAGCUGCGAAAAAGGAAGAAGCUUUCCUGGCUGAGUCUCCACCUUUGCCGCCGCCGCCGCCGCCUCCCCCGCCUCCUGAACCAGAAAAAGAGAAGGAAACGCAUCCCCCGCAUGAGCGCCCGAAAACUUCUGGAAAAGGAAAAGCACCACCAGAACCCCCGCGUGGUAAGCAAGACUCUCCUCCAGAAGGAAAGGGGAAGAAAGGUUCUACUAAAGGAAAACUGUCAGGAGGAAAAGCAUCAGGAAAGAAAUCACCUCCUGAAUCCACAGUUCUGUCACCUACCCCAAUAGUGCCACCACCACCAAAGCCAGGAUCGGAAGACUGGGUCUACGUGAAUGAACCAAUUCCUGAGGACAUGCCUUCAUUUUUAGCACUUUACUGGGAACUAAUAGAACGUUCCUAUGCAAACUCCAUCAAAUUAGUCCUGAGGAACCUCCGAGAAGACCAGCACAUUGUGCUUGCCUUCUUGUAUGAGAUUCGAACAAGUUUCCAGCAUUUUCUAAGGCGUCCAGAUCAGAAGCAAGAUUUUGUAUCUCAAUGGCAGGCUGAUUUCAACUCUCUUCCUGAGGACUUAUGGGAUGAUGAGGAAACAAAGGCGGAAUUACACGAAAGAGUGAAUGAUUUACGAGACCGCCUGUGGGACAUCUGUGAUGCCCGGAAGGAGGAGGCCGAGCAGGAGCGGCUGGACAUAAUUAGCAAUAGCUGGUUGCAGGACUCGACUGCAAUCCUGAUUAACAAUUUCUUCUCGCUGAUGCAGGCAGAACUGAACCGUUUUCAAGAUACAAGGAGACUCCUUCAAGAUUAUUACAAGGGAAUGGAAGGCAAAAUCCCAAUAGAAGACAAUAAGAAAUUUACUCGCCUCCCAUUGGUCCAACUGGAUAAUAGAGAGAUUUUGGAAAGCCAAUUGAGAAUUCCUCUAGUUUCUCGAGUAUCCAUUUCUACGGACGUACCUGUAUCCAAACCAAAAGCAAAAGCCAUACUGAAGGGCAAGACUGAUUACUCGCUAGAGAAAGUAGAGUUCAACUUCGAGACAGAUGAGAAGUUGAUAAUGGACACCUGGCAGCAGGCUUCCUUAGCAAUAUCCCACAUGGUGGCUGCGGAAAUUCAUCAGAGGCUCCUGGACGAGGAGAAAGAAAACCAGCCAGCAGAAACCAAAGAAAAAUCUCCUCAGACGAACGCUAACAAAAAAGCCAAAAAGGAACCGCCGAAGAGAAAACUUUCAUUAAAAAAAGAGAAAGGCAAAUCACCACCUACAGCAGAGGCCACUCCGGUAGCGCUGUCCCCAGAGGAUAUGCUCGAAAUGGAAAAGAAGAAUGAACUGAGAGUCAAAAUAAAGGAGGAGCAUAUUGCUGCCCUGCAAUUUGAAGAGAUAGCCACCCAGUUCCGACUUGAGCUAAUAAAGAUUAAAGCAUUGGCUCACCUUGAAGAUCUAGUAACAAAGGUCGUUGACGUAUAUAAACUCCUGGAAAAGUGGCUUGGUGAGAGGUACUUGCGUGAAAUGGCCAGUGUGGAGAAACUAACUGAGAUAGCUCGCUAUCACAUUGAAACGGCUACGAAAAUUCAGAACGAACUUUAUUUAGACCAGGACGGCUUCUUCAUUAAUGGCGACAUAAAAGUCUUCCCCGACCCCCUUCCUCCGGUUCGCCCUCCGCCCGUGGAGAGGGAGGAGAAUGGCACCCUGACCAUCGAGCAGCUGGACACUCUGCGAGAACAGUUCUCAGAUAUUGCACCCAAAGGCAUCAUAGGAACUAAACCAUUUACUGACAUUCUUCUUGACUUGGUGACUCUGAACCUCGGAACCAACAGCCUUCCCAGCAGUUGGAUGCACCUCACUCAACCUGAAUUUCAGGAGUUAACAUCUAUAUUAACAGUCGACUCGGAGAUGGUGGACUGGCGGAAAUUCCUGUUGGCGACCUCGCUGCCGUGGCCCAUCCCUCUGGAGGAGCAGCUGCUGGAGACCCUGCGGAGGUUCAAGGCCGUGGACAAGGAGCAGUCCGGCACCAUCACUUACGAGCAGUAUAUGCAGGCUGGUCUGUGGUUUACAGAGGAUGAAGAUAUAAAAAUUCCAGAAAAUCCUCUUGAACCGCUGCGAUUCCAUAGGCUGGAGCAUCUCAUACAGUUUUUCUUUAGGCUCUUCGCCGACCCUGAGAAGGAGCCACCCCUGCUCGACUACACACAGAUGCUGCUUUACUUUGCUUGCCACUCAAACGCCGAAGAAGGGGUCUACAGGGCCCUCAGCGUGGCCGUUGGGACGCACAUCUUCCAGCCCAUCGAAUUGGUUUCGCUUACCACAGAAAAGACCUACUUCUUUACUGACGAGAGUCCACUGCAGAACUAUUCUGAACCAGAGGAGGCCUUCCUAAGUGCGUACAGGAAAUUCAUAGAGGAAAGGGAGGAAAGGGAACCAGAAAUUCCUGAAAAUAUCAACACGGAAAAGAUUUCUCUGGAAACACUGCUCCAAGUGUUCCGAGCACAAAACAAAGCCCAGAACACCAACAGAUUUGCCCACCACCUGAGGGCCGAGAACGCCUACUUAGAGAGCUUCAUAAAAGUAUUUGAGGACCUGGGUGCCAAGAAUCUGGAGCCGAUAGAAGUCUCUGUUCUUUUGAAGCAUCCUUUUAUUCAAGACCUGAUUUCCAGUUAUCCCGGCUAUAGGAUUCCUGAUAUUAAAUUGAUUCUGCUAAGGAGUGAGCAUAUACAAGGAAGUGAUGAAGAGAGAUCUCCCUCAAGACUGACAGAGGACAGGAAAUGAAAACAAAAGAGUGUGAUUGUUACAACUUGGCAAUGAAUCCUUCAACAUCCAAUGCAAACACCGUGUUUGUCAUGUAUGUUUCUCUUGUAAGUG